AUGAAGUUUUCUCACGUUCUUGGCACGCUGAUGGCCGCUGGCCUUGUUGCGGCCGCUCCUCCUGCUGAGCGUCCAACCGAUGUCUCGAACCAGCAACUUCCUGCUGCUUCUGGAAGUCCUGAAGUCUCUCAGGGUCAAGGCCAGGGUCAGAACCAAGACCAAGACCAGAACAAACCCCAGACUCGGAGCCAGGACAAUGACAACGACAACAACAAACGGGACCAAGACCAGAACCAGAACCAAGACGCUGCCGCUCCCCAAAAGUCUGGCGUCCCUCCUCUCCCUAAGGAGUCUAGCGUCAGCACUCCUCAGCAACAGGAGAAUGAUAACGGCAAACGUGAGGAAGGUUCUUCCUCUGAUGUUCCCCCUCCCCAGAACUCCCAGGUUGCUCCGCAACCGGAGGUUGAGAAGGGCCAGAACGACAAUGGUGUGAACGACAACGGCAAGCGUGACCAGGGCCCUCCUCCUAAGGAGCAAAAGCAAGACAAGCCUCAGGAGAACAACAACCAGCACGACAACAACAAGCGCAACCAGAGCCCCCCCUCCCAAGCACCAAGAUCAGAACCAGAACCAAAACCAGGGCAAGCCUCAGAAGAACGACAACGGCAAGCGCAAGCAGGGUCAGCCUCCGAAGAAGCCCUCCCACUUUCGGGCCUGAAUUGGCCGAUUUCUGGGAUUGCCUAG